AUGAAAUUUGAUGAACUAACGAAGAAAAUACUCGAACUAGCGGACUGGUCUAGUUCCGGUCGGAACUGUACUUCAUUAUCAGAUCAGCCAUCUGCAUAUUUCUUUAUCAAAAAUGUAAACGGUGCUCAAUUCAUUCUAAUACUAUUUGCGUCAGUUUUUACCUUUAUUGUAUUGUUCUUAGCAGCUAUUCAUUGGUUUUAUGUGUGGAUGUAUGUAGCUGAAGAGAAACGACAAAACAAACUUUAUUUCUUGCUAUCAUUAUUUCCGGUAUCAGCGAUGUGCUGCUAUAUCGGUAUGAUAUCACCACGUACAUCAAUGAUGAUGUCCUCACUUGGCGUUCUUUAUUUCUUGACAUGCCUAUUUAUACUUAUUUCACUGAUAAACCAUUUGUUCGGUAGUCGUGAAGCAUUCGCAACCAUACUUCUAUUGGACAAGAAGCCAAUUGAUUUUCAAAGUCCACCGUUUUGUUGUUGCUGUUCAUUUUUACCAAAAGCAAAAAGUAGCGUGCGAAAUUUGCGACAACUGGAAUGGUUAGUCUUACAGGCUCCAGUGGUUCGCGCGAUGAUCGUUACGUUUAAUGUGAUUGCGAUCGCAGAAUGGCGUGAAGCUGCUAAUAAAUACAUACACUUCAGUGAAACAAUUUCUGUUGCUUCUCUGCUACUUGCUAUUUUUGGUGUUCAUACAUUAGCUCGUCUAACUUCCGAUAAACUUCGACGUUAUGGAUUUAUGACAAUAUUUCGAGUUGUUGACAUUGCACUUUUAUUUUUCACUGCUCAACAGCCAAUAAUAUUUGAGAAUAUUUUGAUACGAUUUAAUGUUUUAAAAUGUGGUCCAUUGCUAUCUACGCUCGAUAACGCUCGACUUAUAUGUAACUUUGUGAUUAUCGUGGAAAUGUUAUUGUUGUCACUGUUUAUAACUUUUAUGGUUGCGCCUUCUCGAAGCGCUCUAUUCGAUUUGUACGGUUCUAAGGAAAGCAAUGAUAUGCAAUCCAGAUUGACUCAGGAAAGUCUUCUAAGUAAUCGUGAAACUGACGUGAUUGUAUUAGCUUAA